AUGUUUCAUGGGAAUGCCGGAAGUAUCGUGAUUCUAGAAAUGCCGCAUUGGCAAAGUAGCUCCACGGGCAACUUAUCUUUAAAUAACGGAAUCGAGGUAAAGUAUACUUCAACGACCAAUGAACAUAAGGUGUUGAUAUCUCCUUUUCAUUCAUCACAAAUGUUGGAAUUACAGUAUAAAUUCCGUGUCAAGAGUCGUAUGAGGCUAUUGAACGGUAAGCUAAUUUCUGACAAAAAAAGGGCAUUGAAUGGCACUGAAAGAGUCAUCGCACGCUUAUUCGAGCUCCAUUUCGCUAUGGAUUUCUUUAAUGCUACGGAUGAUAACGUACCACGCGGUACUUCUAUUCCUCCUGCUACAUUAACACAAUUACCGCCUUUUUCAAUGUUGCACAUCCUAAGGCUAAAUCUUCAUCUUUUUGACAUCUUGCACUGUUACCGAUAUGAGAGUGAAGUUCGGACAGAUAGUUCGAGUAAAUCAGCAUGGAUAGUUAAUGGGUGCGGAUUGGAAGAUCCAUUUUCCAGAAGGAUUGAGGCUCCUCUGGAAAAAUAUUCACAAAAAGUGGUGGUAAUAAUAGUAAAAUUGGAGGCCGUACGGUCCUUGCAUCGUUGUACCGUUCAGUAUCUUAAACAUGGAAUGGUUAUGCACAGUGAACUGAUGGGGGGAAAGGAUAUUGAACGAUCGGAUGAGCAUAUACGGUUGUGUCCGUUCCCAUUUUCUAUUUUGGUUUGCUAA